UCUUGGUCCAGAUCUGAAUCGCUGUCUAUCAUCGUGAAUCAGAUACUAACCAUAUACACGAAGGAGGAGAAAUUGUUCUACAGCUUGAAGUAUCUUGAUUAUGAUGAUGAAGAGAUACAUCACACACAAGUCUAUCAAUUGUUCGAAGAUGAGGAGAAAGAGUGGUUGAUGGUUCGACCAUCAUAUCCACCACAUUAUCAGGAGCGCCAAGUCCGUAAAAUCGAGGCUGACCAAGCACCUCUUGUUGUCGUUCAUGGCUCUUGGAAAGUAGGAGACUUGGUUGAUUGGUGGAAAGAUGACUGUUUCUGGUGUGCAACGGUUUUGGCAGCAAAAGUGAAAGAACCAUUACAGAUUGAGUUGUUUCCACCACCACUCGGUGAAGGAGAAACUUAUGCAGCUUUGCAUAAGGACGUGCGUCCAACAUUGGAUUGGUCACUUGAAGAUGGCUGGACAGUGCCUUCUGUGGAUGGACGGAAAAGUCAAAGUGUUAAACUUGUGAAACGUGAGAAAGGAGUAGAUCAUGUACCCCAAGGUGUUUGCCAAACUGGAAAAAAGCAAACAGAGAAAGCCAAGAGGCAGAAGACAGAGAGAGCCAAAAGAAGAAAGACAGAGAGAGCCAAGAAGCAGACGACAGAGAGGCACACGCAACAGACGACCGAGAGAAGCACGCAGCAGAAGACAGAGGGAGAAUGCAGCAGCAAGUGGAAGGCAUUGGAGAAAUUCGACAGAAUAUUGAUGAGUCAGAUUCAGUUGAAGCUGCAGUUUUAUGACUUGGAAGAGCUCAUCGUUAGAAUUGAGUGGAUAAAAAAGAUGCUAAGCCCAGAUGUUGGAGAAGGCUCAACGUGGAAAUACCAAGAUUACCGCCCAUCUUCCAAGGGAAUGUGAAUUCAUAGUGGUGAUAGGUUUAGGACGUGAAACUGCUAGUGAAGUUUGACGAAGAACCGAUGUGAAAUGGGAAAGAGGCGUAGAGUUUUGUACAACAACCAGAAAAGACAUGAUGAUGUAUAGGUUGUUGUAUAAUAUUUUUCCAAGCGCCCUAAGAGCAUCCUCAACCCAUAAAUGCUUAAAUGAGAGUGCUUAAGAUUUUUUUUGAUUUUUUUAAUUUUUUUUUUUUUUGGUUUUCUUAAAAAAAAGAGAAAAAAAAAGAAGCCACUUACGGGCCGCCACAUGUUAAUGGGGCCCGCGAAAAGAACAAGCACUCUGGCUCACCGUAGCUUAAUCAAGCGUCUCUGCUUCUCUU